AUGAUAUAUACUAAAAAACACGCGGAAUAUAGAGGCCUCAACACGGGAGAUGAGCGGACCAAAGUCAUCGUAGACGUAGGAGACGUCGAUGAUGAUGCAGCCAGAUGGUGGGCUGCUGUCUUGUCUCCUGGAGAGGGAUGGCAGGCCUCCCUUACAUGGGAGGGUGCAAUAGUUCGAUCCCCUUGGUCGACUUCUUUGGAGGCAGUCGAGCAGUAUACCCUUUCCUGCCGUACCCCUCUCUAUCGUGUACCGACUCCUGUGCCUUCGUUUACUACUGCGGCUCGGUUUCUUGCGGAAUACUGCAAUCUACACAAUAUUGUUGACCAAGCUGUGGCCGCGCUCUCGUCAGUUUUAUUUCUCCCUAUGCUAAAUAGCAAGAAAAACCCAGUAUCACUCCCAAGGCCAUUUUUUCAUGAGAAGCCGAGCCCUCGAUCAGCCAUGCCGGAGACCAAAGAGCCGAAACAAUGUGGCUUUAUAUUGGAUCAGAUAAUGCCAGAGUUGGACAGGUUAUUGACAUUGAGUUGCAACACACGAGGACUACUCUCUCUUUUGUCGAGUGUAUUUUACGAACCUGGGAUACCUUGCAAUGUCGUAAGCCCAUGGACGCAGGCUACAUUUGCUGUUCUUGACUCUGUCGAGCGGAGCCAUCUACUUGGUUAUAUUCUGAUGCAUCGAGUCCCGCAAGUUUCUUUCCUUUGGCUCGGUGGUAUAAUCACGGGUACUCAGAAAAAUAUCCUCCGAGAAGGUCGAUACGGUAUAACGUCAAUUGAACCCCAUGCCGCAUCAUGGUGUGGUGUCACACAAUCGUUUAUACAGGCGCCUGUAUCGCAACUGCUAAUCACCAACGGAGCGCUUUCAAGAUCAGAUGAGUGCCGACUUCUCUAUCUCAGCCAAGCAGAACUAAACCGUGGGUGGCCGCUAGUUCCAUGGAUGCCCUUUGGUACCACAGUGCUCGAAGAUGCCGAAAUUGAGGUGCGCCUGCACACACAAUGUACUGGUCACGAACUGCAGUAUGCAGAUUGGUAUUGGGCCUGUCGAGACAGCAAACGGGUAUAUCCAAUAUGCCUAACAACUACUAUGUCUACCUUUACACUAACGGAGGACCUGCCAAUAAAUAUACCAAUUAGCUAUGAAGCUCUAAAUCCAGAGGAUGAAUCAGCGUCACAACAUGCUACACGAAAUAUUUUUAUCUGGCUCCGGAAUAAUGAAUUCUCGGCACGCGAGCAAGGAAUACGUAACCACGACUGGGUGGCUUUUGAUGAAUCCGAUGAUGAUUCACUACUAUCAAAGGAGUCAUCAAGGAGCGAUAAAGCCUCCGUGUUAAAGGCAGUGGAAGACUGGAUAUUGAAUUCGUGUUGA